ACUGGAGGCCGACUAGUUGGCAUGCUUAAAUUGUGGCAGCGACUAAUAGAUGGUUCCAUAAAAGGAGGACCACGGUACAUUACAUGUCCCCCUGAAUACGCUUGUUCCCUUUUCUUCUCUUGUCUCCUCUGCAACAACUCUCCAUUUCCUGAUCAUUUCAAGGAAGAUCGUGUAAGAGGAGGAACAUCACAAGAUGUUCUUUCAGAGGAAGAACUCAAAGAAAGUCAAGGACUCUGUAGGAUCGCAGAAAAAGGGAAAAGAUAGCCGCGGGAAGAAUGACCUCUUUGAUCGUGCCAAGGGAGGGGUUGAUGCCCUUGCAGGAAGCCUCCAAUCAGCAAAGAAUGAUGCCGAGACGGCGACCGAGAAGCUUCAAGGAGAUGUGAAGUCAGGCAUUGAAACAAUAUUGCACAAAGGUUCAGGCCUUCUUGAGAAAGCAAAAGAAGAAGUCGGAGGUCACUCCGAGGCCAGCCGUUCAAAGGAACUAGAGCAAGGAAGCGAAGAACAGGGGAACCAGGACAUGGAUGCUUUCAGUGCUGUGAUGGACAAGGUGAAGAGCCACCCAGAAGUGGUGGAGAAGGUCAAGGACGAGGUUAAGAGCCUUGCUGAUGCUCUCCAUCUGCACAGGCACCAUGGAUCCAAAGAUAAAGAACCUGAGUCUGAAGCGAAAGCAGAGGAAGGCGAGCCAGCGCAGAACGUCGACAACGGCGCCUCUGCCGACAAGGCUGAAGAAUCUAAUGUGCUGGAGCAAGCAGUAGAAGAAAUUCAGGCUGUCGUCGCAGCCGUGCAGCAGCAACAGACCACCCCCACAGCCGAAACUGAAACUGAAACUCCAAUUGAGACUGCUGCUACUGCUGAAACUUCAGCUGAAGGAGAGAGGCCUGAAGAAACAAACCGGGAGGUGGAGAAAGAUGACCCGAAGAAGCGGCUCGAUUUCCUCGGGUUCUUCGCCAUGCUGUUUGAGAGGUUCUGCUCCCCUGCCAACAAGAAGAAAGAUUAAGUGGCAUGCAGGUCAGGUGUGGGUUUCUCGUUUUGUGAUCUUGGACUUGGAAAGUUAAUGGAGUGCAUGAAUUGUGGGUGGUGUACAGUUUGCAGUUGUAUGCUUUCUCUUCAGACAAAUCUGCCGUUGGUUUUUACUACCUUCUACCGUUCUACGGUGAUGGAUGCAUGGAUAUGGUUUACUUGAUGUAGUUCUUUGUCACCCUUGUGGAAUUGAUUUUAUUUAUAUGAACAGAUGAUUUAUUUUCGAGA